ACUAUUUCGCUUUUCUCUUCGUCGAUCUUCUACCUCCUUUUUCUCAUCUCCUUCUCUUUUUCUGUUGCCAUCGUGUUGGCUCGUGUCGAUUCCCCCUUCGCACGUGCGAUUCAGGCUGUGUUUCGCCGACCCAUUUCUGUUUCGCCGGUUUCGUUUUCCGAUCAUUUCGCCGUCGGGAUUUGUCUUUCUUACCAUUGGAUUUCUCGAAGCUCCGAUCUCCAGUGUCUUCUGCUUUCGAAUUCGCAUUUUCCCCAGAAAUGCAAUGAAAGCAGUGCAUUUGAAGUGACAACUAAAGGAGGGAAAAAGGAAGGAAGCAUGAGAGUAGUCGAUUUUGUGAUUGUAAAGCCGGAGUGUUGAAUAAGUUAUGCUGCUUGUGCUGGUUGUGAUAGUUACUGAGACGAGACAAAAGGGAAGUAGGAAUAAGGAUAGAAAUGAAUGUUCAGGCGCAUAUGAGUGGACAUAUAUCAAGACAGGUAGCUAACCAAGGGGGAUUACCUCAACAAAAUGGGAACCUUCUUCAGCCUGCCCAGAUGCAGAAUUCAGGUGUUGCUGGAGGUGUGACUGCUGCUGGAGUUGUCGGUGCUGGAGGUCCUCCGCAUAAUAUGUUAAAUAUGGACCCUGACCUACUCAGGACACGCGAAUAUAUGCGAGGAAAGAUCAUUGAUGUCUUAAAAUUGCGGAACCAGCAUCCUAUGACUGAGGCAUCAAUGAUAAAGUAUCGGGAUUUUGCAAGACGAUUGGAAGAAGGUCUAUUUAAGAUUGCUCAUACAAAGGAGGACUAUACAAAUUUGAGUACUCUAGAGCACCGUUUACAUAUUCUAUUAAGGGGGAGCCGAAAUAUGCACAACCAAAGACAUCCACAGCUUGUUAAUUCGGCAUCAGCACCAGCUAGUACUAUGAUUCCUACCCCCGGUAUAUCACACAGUGGCGAUCCUAGCAUUGUGGUUUCAUCUUCUAUAGAUAAAUCUACGAGUGCUACCAAUGCAAGCAUAGCUCCUACAAAUAUCAAUACAGGGGGCUUGUUGCCUACUAGUGGCAUGCUUAGUGCUUCCUUCACUGGAUCUGAAGGAAAUAUAUCUAAUAGGCAUCAACAGUCACCUGCCAAUUUUCCUCUUGCUUCUGGUGGAAUGUCAUCAAUUGGUGUGCAAAGAAUGACGAGCCAAAUGAUUCCCACUCCUGGAUUUAAUAGUUUUAACAAUAGCAGUAGCAGUAAUAAUCACUCUUCCAAUAAUGUUGGACUUUCAACAGUUGAAUCAACAAUGGUAUCGCAACCACAGCACCAAAAGCCACAUGGUGGUCAAAACAGUCGUAUUUUGCACACCCUUGGAAGCCAAAUGGGUAGUGACAUCAGGUCAGGCUUGCAUCAGAAAGCUUUUGGAUUACUUAAUGGGUCCCUAGAUGGUGCAUUGGGUAUGGUGAGCAAUAAUAUGAAUAUUGUUAGUGAACCUGGGGCAUCUGUGGGAUAUCAGACUACCGCACCUUUGCAACAAAAAAUUGAUCAGCAUCAGCUUCCCGUAAUGCAAGCUGAUAGAUAUUGGCUGACCAAUGCUGAUUCUUUUGGGUCUGGAAACUUGUACGGUGCUGCAACAUCUGUUGGAUCAGUGACACACACUCAGAAUUUGAGUCCUGUUAAUUUACAGUCUAUAUCCAGAACGAACUCUUCUUUAACAAGUAGUCAAUCAAAUUUACAUGCCGUGCAAUCUGCUGGCCUUAUGAAGCUCCAGUCCGUGGAUCAGUUUGAAAAGAUGAAUUUGCAACCUGCUUUAACUUCAAGAGAUGAUAUUCUUCAAGUUAAUCAACAGCAACGAUACCAGCACCAGUCUCUUCAGUUCCAACAACAGCAACGCCAACAGAAGCAGCAAAAUCAGCAGCACCAAAAUCUGCUGGGAAAUAGUGGUUAUAGUCAGUCUCCAUUGGCCUCUGAUAUAGGUAAUCAAGUAAAGUGUGAACCUGGACUACAACACUAUGGUGAGGUACUAUGUCAACAAGCCCCUGAACAAUUUCAGCGCCAUGAGUUUCAGAAUCAGUUUCUGCAGAACAAUGGUGCAGAGCUCCCUAGGCAGCAGGGUAUGUUCUCAUCACUGGCACAAAAUUCCCAACAAAUGCAACAGAUGUUGCAGGAAGACCAAUUGAUUCCAGAGCCUCGAAAUGAUUAUAAACUUUCAGUUGGUGCACAGUUGGAAUCAUCCGUGCAUAGCCAGUGGCACCCUCACUCGCAAGAUUGGGCUCAAAUUCCAGGGAACCUAUCACAUGAGCAGCCUUUCCAAGAAGAUUUCUGCCAGAGGACAUCUGGGCAGGAUGAAGCUCAGUGUCACAAUUUAUCUGCAGAUGGAUCCACCAUCAGUCCAAUGGUUGUUGCUAGAAGCUCAUCAGACCCUUUAAAUUCUAGGGGCAGCAUCUCCAAAUCUGAAAAUGGGAGCCAUGGUCAGCAGUUUAGAAAUCAAGUGAAGUGGCUUUUGUUUCUACGCCAUGCUCGUAGUUGUAAAGCCUCUGAGGGUAGGUGUAAUGCUUAUUGUUUCACGGCGCGAAAGUUGUUGAGUCAUAUGGAUAAAUGUGAAUCAUCUAAAUGCUCACAUCCACGAUGCUACCCCUCUAAGAUAUUGAUUCGUCACUACAAGACUUGUGCGAAUUCAACAUGCCCUGUUUGUGUUCCUGUAAAAAAUUAUCUACAGGCUCAGAUGGCACGAGCCUGUCAAAACUCUGCUUCUGUUUUGCCAUUGUCUGAUUGUGGAUCUGCUAAAACAAAUGAUGCUGGAGACAUUUCAGUUAGAAUGACUUCUACAACUGUGUCAAAUGAUACUUCCGUAGGCAUACAACCUUUACAAAAACGCAUGAAGAUAGAGCAGUCUUCUCAGUUUGUUAUUGCUGAAAGUGAAGGUUCUGUGUUAUCAGGUUCUAUUGCUGAACCUCACAUAUCUCAGGAUAUCCAGCACCAAGAUUACCAACAUGUUAACCAGCGUAUGCCAAUUAAACCUCAGCCUAUGGAAGUGAAGACUAUAUCUCAGGAUAUCCAGCACCAAGAUUAUAAACAAGUUAGCCACUGUAUGCCAGUUAAACCUCAGCUUAUGGAAGUCAAGACUGAAGUCCCCACGAGUUGUACUAAAGAUAUUCCAGUUAUUAUUGAGUUGAAGAAUUCUGUAGAUGACAUUAGCAAACAGAAGACUGAUGAUGAGGGUGUUACAAUUGAUGAUUUUGGUGGUCUUCCUAAGCAAGGAAAUGCUAAGAUCGAAAGGGAGCCUGAAUCCAUUAAACAAGAAAAUGUGGCACAGUCUUCCGAAACUACAGCUGGAACUAAGUCUGGGAAACCAACAAUAAAGGGGGUAUCACUGACUGAACUGUUCACCCCUGAGCAAGUACGGGAGCAUAUUACAGGUCUCAGACGAUGGGUUGGCCAGAGUAAAGCAAAGGCUGAAAGGAAUCAAGCAAUGGAGCACUCAAUGAGUGAGAACUCCUGUCAGUUAUGUGCAGUUGAGAAACUUACUUUUGAACCACCACCUAUAUACUGCAGUCCUUGUGGUGCUCGCAUUAAGCGAAAUGCAUUGUACUACACAAUGGGAGCUGGUGAUACGCGCCACUACUUUUGUAUUCAUUGCCAUAAUGAGGCUCGUGGAGAUAGCAUUGUUGUUGACGGAACUGCCAUUCCUAAGGCAAGGCUUGAGAAGAAGAAGAACGAUGAGGAGAUUGAAGAAUGGUGGGUUCAAUGUGACAUGUGUGAGGCCUGGCAACAUCAAAUUUGUGCUUUAUUCAAUGGUAGAAGGAAUGAUGGUGGACAAGCUGAAUAUACAUGCCCCAAUUGCUAUAUUGCUGAGGUUGAAAGAGGUGAGCGGAAGCCCCUACCUCAAAGUGCUGUCCUUGGGGCCAAAGAUUUGCCAAGAACAAUUCUUAGUGACCAAAUAGAGCAGCGAUUAUUCAGGAGACUGAAACAGGAAAGACAAGAAAGAGCAAGGGUUCAAGGAAAAAGUUAUGACGAGGUGCCGGGGGCUGAGGCACUUGUAAUUAGAGUUGUUUCAUCAGUUGACAAAAAGCUGGAAGUGAAGCAGAGGUUUCUUGAAAUCUUCCAGGAACAGAAUUAUCCACAUGAAUUUCCCUAUAAAUCAAAGGUUAUUUUAUUGUUUCAGAAGAUAGAAGGGGUAGAAGUAUGCUUAUUUGGUAUGUAUGUUCAAGAAUUUGGAGCAGAAUGUGCAUUUCCAAAUCAGCGCCGUGUUUAUCUGUCAUACCUAGAUUCAGUCAAGUAUUUCCGGCCUGAGGUUAAAGCAGUUACUGGAGAGGCUCUCCGUACAUUUGUUUACCAUGAAAUUCUUAUUGGAUACCUUGAAUAUUGCAAGAUGCGUGGCUUUACAAGUUGCUAUAUAUGGGCUUGCCCUCCUCUUAAGGGGGAAGAUUAUAUCUUAUAUUGCCAUCCGGAAAUUCAGAAAACACCUAAAUCAGAUAAACUGCGAGAAUGGUACUUAGCAAUGUUAAGGAAGGCUUCCAAGGAAAACAUUGUAGUUGAUCUUACUAAUUUAUACGAUCACUUCUUUACAACUACUGGUGAAUGUAAGACGAAAGUGACGGCUGCUAGGCUGCCAUAUUUUGAUGGUGAUUACUGGCCUGGGGCUGCCGAAGAUCUAAUUAACCAGCUUCGUCAGGAAGAAGAUGGCAGAAAGCUGAACAAAAAAACAACAUUCAAAAAGAUUAUAUCAAAAAGGGCUUUAAAAGCAGCAUCGGGUCAGUCUGAUCUCUCUGCUAAUGAAACUAAGGAUCUCCUGCUGAUGCAUAAGUUAGGUGAGACCAUUUCCCCAAUGAAGGAGGAUUUUAUCAUGGUCCACUUGCAGCACUGUUGCACUCAUUGUUGUAUCCUAAUGGUAUCUGGAAACCGCUGGGUCUGCAACCAGUGCAAGAAAUUUCAGAUUUGUGAUAAGUGCCACGAAGCAGAAAUGAAACGUGAAGAAAGAGAGAGACAUCCCACACAUCUGAGGGAAAAACAUGUUCUUUAUCCCAUUGAAAUAACCGAUGUACCUACUGAUACGAAGGAUAAAGAUGAAAUUCUCGAGAGUGAAUUCUUUGAUACUAGGCAGGCCUUUUUGAGUCUGUGUCAAGGGAACCAUUAUCAAUAUGAUACCCUAAGAAGGGCUAAACAUUCCUCUAUGAUGGUACUCUACCAUCUUCACAAUCCAACUGCUCCUGCAUUUGUCACUACAUGUAAUGUAUGUCAUCUGGACAUUGAAACCGGCCAAGGUUGGCGCUGCGAAGUUUGCCCUGAUUAUGAUGUGUGCAAUGCCUGUUACCAAAAGGAUGGGGGCAUUGAUCAUCCUCAUAAGUUAACAAACCAUCCAUCCAUUGCGGAGCGUGAUGCACAAAAUAAAGAGGCUAGGCAACUACGGGUUCUUCAGCUGAGGAAAAUGCUUGACCUUUUGGUGCAUGCAUCACAAUGUCGUUCAUCACAUUGCCAAUACCCAAAUUGUCGGAAAGUGAAGGGUCUCUUCCGCCAUGGAAUUCAAUGCAGAAUCCGUGCUUCUGGUGGCUGUGUACUAUGCAAAAAAAUGUGGUAUUUGCUGCAACUUCAUGCUAGAGCAUGUAAAGAAUCUCAAUGCCACGUACCACGUUGCAGGGACCUAAAGGAACAUUUAAGGAGGCUUCAACAACAAUCUGAUUCUCGGCGCAGGGCUGCUGUGAUGGAGAUGAUGAGACAGAGAGCUGCAGAGGUUGCUGAUAAUUCUGGGUAAAACUAAAGUGUUUUAACAUACAUUUUGGUGCUUUGAUGAAAAAUGCUCCGUUAUAUAGCGACAUGGAUAAAGUUGUCCACUGCUUGGAACUAGACAGUGACGAAAAGAAAUCGCCAAUCUAGAGUGUCAGAAGGGGUUGUGCAUACAUUAAUAAAAACGGAAUGAUAAGGGAACAAUACUUUCAUUCGUAAACCAUGACUGAAUCCCCUAUGAAGAAGGUUAAUGUGGUUUCAAUAUCUACCUGCAACUGCUGUCAACUCUUCCGUUUGGAUGACUUCGAAUACCGAUGUGUUCUGCCUUUGGUGGGAGUGUACUAUAAUCUAUUUAAUCUGUCAAAAUUGCUUUCUUACAGAGGAAUGUGGGAGGUUAGUUCAAAAUCUUUUAAGUUUUCCCUCGAUUCUUUUUGUUCUCUUUCUAUGUUUUCCCCCUUUAGAACAUUGACCCUCCCUCCCCUUUUUGUAGUAUGGUCAUUUAAUUAAAAAAUGGAACAAUAAGUAGAAAUAGAGAUGAAAUUGCAUCCAUUCAUUCUUAAUAAAUACUAUGAAAUUAUUAUGUAUGUGUGUGUGUAUAUAUAUAUUAUAUAUGUUUCAACUGAGGAUGUGUUUUGUAGU